AUGUAUCCGAGCUACGAUUAUUGUUACGGAUUUUGUAAUGGAACGAGAACCUAUAACCCAUUCAAGAGAACUGAUGUGAUGUCUUGCAUGGUCGUGAAUGUUGGAGCUGUCUUCCCGUGCAUAGUUGACAGUUACACAAAAGCUCCAUCUGCACCACGGAACCUCGAAAUCGUAUCAAAAACUAACGAAACACUGGGUUUGAAGUGGGAGGAACCUGCCGAACUUCCGAAUCUUGUUGAAACGUACAAGAUUCAUGUCAUUGAAAGACGGAAAUUGGAUGAGCUGGAGAUAAUCUAUGAGUCAAAGGAACUGGAAUACACCGUUGAAUGGCUAUCACCGGAAUCUUCAUAUACGGUUUAUGUGGUUGCCGAAGCUGCGGAGUUCAAUAACACCGAGGGAUGGUACAAAUCUGUCACUUCCAACAUUAUUCUUUUCACUACGGAAUCGGAAGUAGCCAUCUCCACGGAAGAGUUCAAAUUACCGUCCACUGCAAAAUCUAUCACUUUGCCUUGCAUGGUCAGGACAAUUCUUGGAUACGCGGACGACGUGGCGUGGAGAAAGAUGACUGCGAAUGGGAGUGAAAUCAUUGAAGACGAUGAAAAGUACUCAAUUUUCUCGUUUCCGAACCCGUCAGCUCCAGAAAUUAUUAUUUCUGCUCUUCAAAUCAAAAACAUGGACUCGACUGAUUUCACUUCUUUCCGAUGUCAUAUCAGGAAUUCCAGCAUUGAGUACGCGAACGUUAUUAUCACGGAGUUUGAUCAUUCUGAGCAAGCACCCAGCGAGAAUCCUCCGGAAACUCUUAUAGAAUGUUGUUCGAGAGGAGCCCAUCACCCGGGAUGUAUUUCUGUUUGCAAUGGGCUGGUGGUAGGGCGCCACCAGCAAACUCCCCUCAAGCCAGGUAUGAUCUCAUAGUCUUUUGUAAUAGAAUCGAUGAAAACUUUUAGGAAACUUUCUUCCACCAACUGGAUGCAAAGGAAUCAGUGCGAGAAUUUUAAAGUGUUCUAAGAGAAAUUUUGACAGUGCGGGAUGUUGUAUUCAUGCUCAGGUUGGUUAUCUUCUUUUCGCAGACCCUUCAGACGAUUCCCUCAAUUUUCUAGAUACCGUACCACUGCUUGGGAAUGUGCGACAGUCGUUUCGAUUUGAACUUGUUCAAAACCAGAUCAUGUUCCAGAUAUAUGAGUAAGGUGUGUCAACAGCAAACUUCACGUUAUUGAAUGAUAAUGGUUUCAAAACAAACAACCCGUUUUGCAGAUCUUCAAGUGUCAACUCGAAAAAAUAUCGGUACUCCCUAAUGCCGUUUCCUAUGUGUCUGGGUACCGUUCUUGGUUCGGCAACAACAAAAUCUCGUGGGCGAAGGGUGAAUUUGCCAAAGUAUGAAAAAGUAGCAAUUUUUGAGAAAAUCUGAGUGUGUUUCAGGUUUACCACGUUUAUCAUCGAACAACUGAUGGAAAAUGGAAUAGCCUGGUCACUCUUGAUCAUUAUUUGGAAAUGUCCGACGUUGAUGAGGUAAUUAUGACAAAAAGUUCUUGAAUAUUUUGAUCAUUUUCAGUUAGUGCUCAUUGCGGUGAACGAGUUUGGUAGAUCUCCCCAACAUCGUCUUUACUACUAUGACGGUGAAUGGUUCUCGGAGGAUCAUUGGUAA